AUGGGUAAUGUUACAAACGAAAAUAUUAUUAAUUUAAAUACUGCUAUUACUUUUGAAGCUGAAACAUUCCGAAGGAUUCAACCCGAAGAGUACUUACGUAGAUACAUUCAACAGCAUGUUAGACCCGAUGGUAGAUCCUUCAAUCAUUUUCGCAAAACAACUGUAAAUUUAAGUUGUAUAACAACGGCUGAUGGCUCUUCAAUGGUACGAAUAGGAAAUACGACUGUAAUUUGUGGUAUUAAAGCUGAAGUAUCAGAACCAAAUGUAAAUUUUCCUAAAGAAGGUUAUUUAGUUCCAAAUGUCGAUCUAUCGCCCAUUUGUUCACCUAGGUUUAAGCCUGGACCUCCGAGUGAACAAGCACAGGUCUUGAGUGAAAAUUUAAACAAAUUAUUAAAAAAUUCGAAAGUAAUUGAUUUAGAAACAUUAUGUAUUGAAGAAGGGAAAGCCGCAUGGGUUUUGUUUGCAGAUCUUGUUUGUGUAAACUAUGAUGGGAAUGUAUUUGACGCGUGUGUAAUUGCAUUAAUGUCUGCUUUAAUGAAUGUGAGACUUCCUGAAGCAGUCUAUGAAGAUGGUAUAGUAAAGGCUACUGAGGAAAAGACAAUUAUUCUUGGCCUUAUACGGAUAACUUAUUCAGCAUCGUUUGCCAUGUUUGAUGGACAACAUUUAUUGGUUGAUCCGAAUGAAAUGGAAGAAUCAAUCACUAAAGAUGGAAUUACAGUCGUAGUUGAUGAAACCGGAAAAUUAUGUAAUAUAUGGAAAACUGGAUCUUCAUGCUCAUCAGAACAAUUAAAAACAUGUAUAUCAAAAGCUCGUGAUAGAUAUGCAGAUAUAACUUCAAUCAUUGAAAUAGCAAAACAAGCUAUUAAGAAAAUUGAAUAA